GGUAAUGUGCUAAUCGUUAAACCUUUAUGUUUUUUAAAUCCUGCGUGUGUCAGGGCUCUCCGCACAAAAGUGUAUUUUGCUUGUUUCUUCUCGUCGUCUUCAGUCUGAAGCCUUAUGUAGGUCAGGCUUGGCUUAAGCAGAUUUCCUGAACCUGCGUCAGCUUAAGCUGAAGGAAUUUUAAUAAACCCUCCCUUGUAGGCGUGGGCCUAAAUGAGACUAGCCUAGUUAAGCCUGAUCUUUUUCUGUUUGUGAAAAAGAGCUGAGCGGAGCUAGGGACUGCAUGGUGGCUUCAGGAGCUGCUUCCUUAAUUCAGAGAUAACAAUGGUCGGGAAGGCCAGAUCUUCUAAUUUCACCUUAUCUGAAAAGCUCGAUUUGCUAAAACUCGUCAAGCCGUAUGUUCAAAUUCUCGAAGAACAUACCAAUAAGCAUUCUGUAAUAGUGGAAAAAAACAAAUGCUGGGAUAUCAUAGCUGAUAACUACAAUGCCAUCGGAGUAGAUCGCCCUCCUCGCACUGCACAGGGCCUGCGCACGCUGUACAAGAGGCUCAAAGAAUAUGCCAAACAGGAGCUAUUGCAGCAAAAGGAGACUUACUCAGACUGUAAAAGCAGCAUUUCCGAGCCAACCAAGAAAGUUGUGGAGAUGAUUCCACAGAUUUCCAAUGUGUGUUUAAGAGACAGGAGCAUUUCACAAAGUGCUGUUAUCAGUAAAGAAACAGUUGCUGGCACCAGUUCACCACAGGCAGUGUUGGAUCCCCCUCCUGCGACAGUCAUGAUGGAGUUGCAAUUGGAAGAGGAUGUCAAACCUCCUCCCUCUUUGGUUAUAGAUUCCCAGCAAAGUGAGAACUUAGGACAAGAGGAAGAUCACCAAUUGGUGCAUGUUAUGGAAAGGUCUCCUUCAACCUCAGUGUCUUCAGUUGACAUGAGAGUGAUGAUGUCUCCUUCUCCUGUUCCAAGAAGAGAUGAGCUUUUUAGGCUUGAGGUUGGAGAACGCUUUAGACCAAUGUGUGGGUACGACCCACAAAUGUUGCAAAUGCUGAAAGAAGAGCAUCAAAUAAUACUAGAAAAUCAAAGAAGAAUUGGGCUUUAUGUCCAAGAGAAAAGGGAUGGUUUGAAAAGAAAGCAGCAGCUGGAAGAGGAACUGUUGCGAGCAAAAAUCAAAGUAGAGAAGCUGAAGGCAAUACAACUGCGGUGUGGUCUGCCAGAAUACAGCAAUAUCUAAAUAUUUUAUUACUUCUGUCAUUCUUUGAAAUACUUAAUAAUAAAUGCUUUUGCCCUAGGAGAAUUCUGAUGUUAACGAAGAAUCAUUUCUUAUGUCAAAAUCUGGUGUUGAGAGACGAAAGCAUAUUUUCCAUUUUGUUGUUUAUGUACCUUAAUAAAAAUGUCUUGUAUAGGAUUGAAUCUGCUGACUCUCCCAAAGUAUAAUCAAAUCCUGUAGCUCUAAGUGUUUAGGAUAAUAAAAAUCCCAAUGUUUUGAAUACUUUUCACUUAUCUCUAGUGGAGUUAAAAUGAGCUAAUGGAAAUUUAGUCCAGCUCUUUAAAAUUUUGAACAUUUGCAUAUUUUUUUUUAAAAUAAAUACCUAUCCUCUAAUGAUCUUUAUGAAGGCA